UUACCAAGGGGAAAUAACUCCGCUAUUAUCCAAGAUGGCCGCGCCCAUGCAGCAUGUCAAAGUAUGGAAACUUCAGCUGUUCUCAUUGUAUCUGCGCAGAUAUUCAUCGACAUCUAAAGAAAUCAAGAAAAAGAGAUCAUGGAAAAAGAAAGACAAAGUAACGUUCCUGGAUUCUCUUCGUGUGUUUGUGCGUGGAGGCGCUGGCGGACAAGGCCUGGCCAAACAUGGCGGCGUGGGUGGUGAUGGGGGCGAUGUUGUCUUGGAGGGCAAGGAGGGAGAGACGUUGUACAGCCUGGCCACCGCCUUUCCAGAGAAACGGUUCACAGCCGGCACUGGUGGCAACAGCAGGAAGUUCCACCUGCUGGGGGAAGACGGCAGUCAGCAGCGAGUCAAUGUUCCUGUCGGGGUGGUGGUGAAAGAUGAAGAUGGGACGACCAUAGGUGAAGUGAAUGAGCCUGGCCAAGAGAUUGUUGUUGCACAUGGUGGAAGGGGAGGUAACUCUGGUAACCGGUUCCUUGGCAAGAAAGGCGAAGCACACACGGUGGUCCUGGAUCUGAAGCUCAUCGCGGACAUCGGGCUGGUGGGUUUUCCUAAUGCAGGAAAGUCAACCUUUCUUGGGUCCGUAUCAAGAGCAAAGCCCAAGAUUGCUGACUACCCUUUUACCACAAUCCGGCCACAGAUCGGGACGAUGGCAUAUCGAGAUGGGAGACGUGUAACUGUUGCUGACCUGCCAGGGCUGAUUGAAGGGGCUCACUACAACUUCGGAAUGGGGCACCGGUUCCUGAAGCACAUCGAGAGAACCAAGCUGCUGCUGUUCAUGGUGGAUGUUGGGGGGUUUCAGCUGGGCGUCCAGUACCAGCACCGCACAGCCUUCCAGACAGUCCUGCUGCUUAACAAGGAGCUGGAGCUGUACCGGGAGGAUCUGGUCGGCAAGCCGGCCGUCCUGGCCAUCAACAAGACUGACACUGAGGGCGGGCAGGAAAAGGCUGAGGAGGUCGUUCAACUCAUCAAAACCAUGGAAGAUAAUAUGGACAUGAUUGAGCCGGAGAUUAGGCCGACACAAAUGGUAAAGUUUGACGACAUUUUCACAAUCUCGGCCAAAACAGGAGCAUCUGUACCAGAGAUGAAGAUGAAGAUACGCACACUGCUGGACACCUAUGCUGAAAUUGCAAGAUAUGAACAGAAAACUUCACGGGAACGAAUGUCUCCCACCAGUGGCUACUCCCCCCCAGGUCUGAGCCAAGAACAUGUGAAACCCAAGCUUGUGUGACAGCAACUCUUGUAAACUGUGUUAUUUACUGCAAUAAAUAGUCUCAUAAGUUU